AUGUACAUCAUGUUCUUCGCCAACCAACUGUACGGCCUUAUUGUGCUCUCGAAACUCUCGAGUAUGUGCACGGACAUCUUUAACAAGACCCCCGGCCAAGCGUCUGAUAUCGUAUCGGUUAACGGCGUUUUUAACUGUUGCGGUCGCUUGAUGUUUCCGCUCAUGUCGGACAUCUUUGUGCGCAAAUUUCACGUCGAGCACGCGUUUGCGCGUAAGUGGCUGUACUUCUAUGCACUGGCAUCGCAGGUGAUCAUCCUUGGCUUGCUUCCAAAGAUUUUGGAGAAGGAAAACUACACGGCCUUUGUGGCUGUUAUUUUCAUCUUAACAGCCAGUUAUGGUGGCGGCUUUGGAACCAUUCCGGCGUUCUUAACUGAUAUGUUCGGAGCAUUUAACAUCGGCGCCAUGCACGGGUUGAUCUUAACAGCGUGGUCUAUCGGCGGCGUUGUCGGAGGAAUCUCUUUUAACCACACGUACGGUGACCAGAUCGCCGAUGGCUGGGAGAUCCACGAGGCCUACUCGUACACAAUUCGCCGUAUCUUUAUCAUUCUUAUCAUCGGCUUCGUGGUGCUCUUCUUCGUGCGCACGAACGCCACAGAUCGCUUCGAGCCCGGUUAUCAUCUCAGUAUCUUUGGGAGACGAAUCGUCAAUAUCAAGGGAAAACAGGAACCGAAGAAGGAAGAGCCGCUACUUGAGGCAGCGUAA